AUGGCUUUGAGUAGAAAACAUGUUAGAAAUGAAGAAUUUUCUUCCAGCACAUAUCAGCUGACAAAUGAGCAGGAUGCUGGCUUCACUCCUCUGUACAUGGCUGCCCAGGAGAACCAUGCUGACGUUGUGAGGUACUUACUGGAUCGAGGUGCCAAUCCUGCUAUAGCCACUGAGGACAACUACACUCCAAUGGCGGUGGCUGUACAGCAGAACAACCACGAGGUGGUCGACAUCCUGACAGAACAUGAGCAGAAGGGGAAGACCAAGUUGUCGCCUCUGCAUCUUGCUGCCAAGAAAAAUGACGUACACGCUGUUGUCAUGCUGCUGCAAAUUUCAUCUGAUAAGAAGAUAGUUGAAACUGGAAGCAUAGUUGUGAAGUUCGAAAGAAAAAUUUAA